UCCCGUGCUCUCGCUCUCGCUCUCUCCCAUGGAGGAGGACGUUCUGGACAAACUCGAGGACAUGGCGUCGGUGCAGGACUUCGACCCCCUCACGGGCAGCAUCCCGGCCACCAAAGUGGAGAUCACGGUCUCCUGCAGGAAUCUUUUGGAUAAAGAUACAUUCUCCAAGUCUGACCCAUUAUGUGUGCUGUAUACUCAGGGCAUAGAAACCAAGCAAUGGAGAGAGUUUGGCAGGACUGAAGUCAUUGACAACACCUUGAACCCCGACUUUGUGCGGAAGUUCAUCCUCGAUUACUUUUUUGAAGAGAAGCAGAAUUUGCGCUUUGAUCUUUAUGAUGUAGAUUCCAAGAGUCCUGACCUAUCCAAACAUGAUUUCCUUGGUCAAACAUUCUGCACUCUGGGGGAGAUUGUUGGAUCACCAGGAAGUCGCUUGGAGAAGCCUUUGAUGAUGGGAGCAUUUACAUUACAUUCCAAAACAGGGAAGCCUAUGCCAUCUGUCUCUAAUGGAGGAAUUCCAGGGAAAAAGUGUGGCACCAUCGUUCUAUCAGCUGAAGAACUGGGCAACUGUAGGGAUGUUGCCACAAUGCAGUUCUGUGCCAACAAGCUGGACAAGAAAGACUUCUUUGGGAAAUCAGACCCUUUCAUGGUAUUCUUCAGAAGUAAUGAAGAUGGAACAUUUACCAUUUGUCAUAAAACUGAAGUGGUGAAGAACACUCUGAAUCCAGUAUGGCAGUCAUUCGCUAUCCCUGUGCGAGCCUUGUGCAAUGGAGACUACGACAGAACCAUAAAAGUAGAGGUGUAUGACUGGGAUCGAGAUGGCAGUCAUGAUUUCAUUGGAGAGUUUACAACCAGCUAUAGAGAACUGGCACGAGGACAAAGCCAGUUUAAUGUCUAUGAGGUGGUAAAUCCCAAAAAGAAAAUGAAGAAAAAGAAAUACUCUAAUUCAGGAACAGUAACAUUACUGUCAUUUGCCACAGAAUCAGAACAUACGUUUCUAGAUUACAUCAAAGGAGGGACACAGAUCAAUUUCACAGUGGCCAUUGAUUUCACAGCUUCCAAUGGCAAUCCUUCUCAAUCUACCUCCCUUCAUUACAUGAAUCCAUACCAGCUCAAUGCAUACGCCAUGGCACUGAAGGCUGUUGGGGAGAUCAUCCAGGACUAUGACAGUGAUAAAAUGUUCCCAGCGCUUGGGUUUGGAGCCAAGAUUCCCCCCGACGGACGUGUGUCUCAUGAGUUCCCCUUGAAUGGCAACUGUGACAAUCCUCACUGUAGUGGAAUAGAAGGAAUCCUUGAAGCGUAUCACCAGAGCCUCAAGACUGUGCAGCUCUAUGGCCCAACUAACUUUGCACCAGUGGUCAACCAUGUGGCUGGAUAUGCCUCGGCUGUGCAGGAUGGCUCCCAGUAUUUCAUUUUGCUCAUCAUUACGGAUGGUGUGAUAUCAGACAUGGCUCAGACAAAAGAAGCAAUUGUCAAUGCUGCCAAACUUCCAAUGUCUAUAAUAAUUGUGGGUGUUGGACAGGCUGAAUUCGAUGCAAUGGUGGAAUUGGAUGGAGAUGAUGUUCGGAUCACAUCUCGUGGAAGGACUGCUGAGCGUGAUAUUGUCCAGUUUGUACCAUUCCGUGAUUACAUUGACCGCACGGGAAACCACGUCUUGAGUAUGGCACGGCUGGCUAAGGACGUGCUGGCUGAGAUUCCAGAUCAGUUCAUCUCCUACAUGAAGGGGCGUGGCAUCAAGCCUAAUCCAGCUCCACCUCCUUACUCUCCCUCAAGCCACACCCUUCAGACCGAAAUCUGAAGAUCGGGCAAAGAAAAGAGUGAUUUUAGAGAGAGAGAGGCAUCGAAACACCCAGUCACUCUUCGGGGUCUGUUUAUCUGUUUUCUGGGGCCAGAGAUCCAGGCAGUAUCCACACCAGAGUGAGAAACUCCACAAUGUGUUCUCUUUCCAAAAAGUUCAUAUUGAGAACUGUUUAUGCUGAAAUGUUAGCACAAAAAUGUGUUUAACUCACAGACAUUUCCAUUUGGGAAACAGCAAAAAUGGGAGGGGUAUUUUUUAAAAAGGACACACUCAAACAUAGGUAAAUGUCCUCAUUUCCUUUCAGCAAAAUAAACAAGAUGGAGUCUAGUGUGUCUUCUGGAAGUUACAUGAUUCAUUUUGCUUAUGGUAUGUGUGAUGGAUUUCCAUAAAUCUUCCAAGCACCCAUUUCCCUUCCUCCUUCCAGCUUCAAGAAGUUUUGAAUUAUUGGAAUUUUUUAUAGCCUAUGUAUCAUCCGCCUGCCACAUUAGGCCUUCUGUCUUUCCUUUGUAACAGCUCAACUUCUGGAUUGACUUGGCAGGCUAAAUAUUGUGAUUGAAUAUCUGUUUGAUGUCAUGUUGGUGCUGCUACUAUUUCUUGUACUAAACCCAAUCCCUAGCUUGCCCAAUUCCCUUUAUUGUUUGUAAAUCUGCUUUGGCAAUAUUUGUGCAAGCUUGGAUUGUUUAUUAGUAUGUCUUAAUGCCUCCCUUAAGUCUCUUUUUUAAUUUUUCUAAAGCUGCGGUUUCCAGUAUCUACCUGGAAACCAAUUUCUCUCUUGACUUUGAUAUCUGACAUUUCUGUGUGGGGCAUUAAUGAUGUAUUUGGAACAUCAGAGAAGAAAAUUAAAACUGAGCUUGAUUUGUUUAAAUACCUUAUUGCAGUUUUGCCUAUCAGGUUAGCAAUAUAAAACAUUAACAACAGUCUACUCAUUCAGAGCAAAUGUAGAGCUGCCACAUGAAAACAUGAAACUGUCCAAAUUUCAUAAUUUCCCAGCAAUUUCUCAGCAGUUCAUUCUUUUCUGGAGGAAACUAAAAUCAUAGAGUUUGAAGGGAUCAUGGAAAUCUUCAACCACCUGCCUUAGGGCAGAAAUCCUCUCACAUCCCUGAUAAAUGGCUGUCCAAUCUUUGCUUGAAAACCUGCACUGAUGGAGACCCCAUGAGCCCCAUUAUGCUUAGCCCAAUCCUUUCACUAAGACCAGAUGGAAAGCCUAUUUGGAUCCCGCUCAUGAAUAAUGUCCCUCAGUGGCAGCAGGUAAACUUCCUCUUACUCAUAAUUGCUUGCCCAUCUUAAGACUCCUUCCAGCUUUCCAGACCCAAUUUUUGCAUUGCUAUUAUGAUCCAAUUAUACAACCACUCUGGUAGUUGGGGUUCUCUUUCCAUAGCAGAACUAGCUAGGGAACAGUUCCCUCUCCAAUGAUGAUAUCUAAAUUGUUUCCAGAAAGUAGGAAGGUGAACGGCAGAGGUCAGAAAUGACAUCAAAGAUUAUGCAAUGUUCCUUCUCAGGGUUAAGUGCAAGAAUGGAAGUUUCUGAGGAUUUGAGUAUAUUGAUUAUAUAGGCCAAUUAAAAGAAAAAUUAUGCUGAAGUAAAUGUUGAUUCUCACUUCGCAAAGGAUGUACUACUUUGCUUAAUUAUUUGGAGCAUCUCAAAUAUUCCACCACCACCUCCUUUUAACUGACUGCUUUGUAGAAGUUCAAAGAAGGUCCACUUCAGAGAACUCACUCUUUGAAUCUUUCUGAUCUGUUAAUAAGAUUUGCAUUGCAGCUGGCUGGUAUUUUUGCUCAAUUGUAGGGAGAGUGAAAGAAGUAUUAAGCAGGAGCUGAGCAAUUAUGCCCAGCUGUCUCCUUUAGAGUGGUAAAAAAAACAUGAUACAAGUUGCAAGGCACUUUCUUGUCCUACAACUAAUUUGUUUAGGGUUGAUCAAAAGGUACGUUAACAUCUUAGGGAUUCUCAGAUUCUAUAUACUGGAACAUCAUUCAGCUCCUCCAAUUAGUAUGGCAAGAGUGUGCAUCUUCCAUUAGCCAUCAGCCAUGUUGGUCUUUGCACAGCACAUACUUCCAAAAUGGGUGGAUCCAGGACCUAUUCUGGGAGAAGAUUCAGGGAAUAUAAGGAAUAAUGUCAUGGGUGCUAUAAUCAUCAAGAUUUAAGGUAUCUAUUUUGGCCCCAAUGUAAAUGAAAAUUCAAGGAUUUGGGCCCUCUUGCUCUACUGGGUCAUGAGGGCCACUGAAAGAAUGGUGGGAGCUGUAAUUUUUUUUCUUUUUGCUUCACUGAUCUGAGGGACAAAGGAGUUUACACACUUAAGAACAUGUGAGAUCAUAUGAACCAGUUGGUCCAUGACAGUUGUGGUCCAGAAGUUCCUCUGUUUAAAAUAUCUCAUGUACCUGAAAUAAGACAAGUUCCACUGUAAAUAGGAAUAGCAACAGGAUAUCACAAACUUCUGUAGAAGCCUGGUGUCCUAAUUAUUACAUGAUGUCUUUCAGGUAAUAUAACCAUCAAGUAAAUUGGCACAAGGCAGAUUAACCCAGGGAUUGGAAUGAAAGAAGAAGUCCCUAUCUGUGGAUCAAAGAUGCCUUUAUUGAUUACGUUAUUCCCCAAUAGAGAUGUGAUACAGAAUUAGGAGAAAAGACAUGCAGUGUCCUUUCUUGCCAUUUCGGCUAUUUUGGAUCCAGUUUAUGGCUGUCUAAGUGGUUUUACUUGGCCACUUAUCUUUAUAAAACCCAUUAUGUGCUAGUGGUUGUCUUAUCCAUAAACUAGUCAACAUUUUUUUAAAAAAAAUUUUUUCCAGAGUUCAGUAGUGGGGUUCUUUUGGUGCUUACUGAAAAUUGCUGGAUUUAGGCAGCUGAUAAUGACUGACAGUCUGCUCAGUCCUGAUCCUCUGUUGACCCCCAACUAGUUGGUGAAAUUAACUUCAGCUAGAAAUUCUUGGACCGAGGCUGGAAUUAUUAUGUAAAACUAUCUAGCCCAUAUGCUGAAUGACAUAAACUCAGGGAGAAAUCCUGAACUAUUUACAGUGAAUGAGAGUUCUAUUUUUCACUUUGCUUUUGGCUGUGAAUUAUAUCCCAGAAAUAUAACUUGCACAGCUAUAUGGUCUUCCAACCCUCAAAAGAAAUUAAUUUCUUUGUCUUAGCGCUAUACAGACAUUUCUCUCGCCCUCCCUGUCCUUUUUCAGAAUGAAAAGCUUCCAAAGGAAACAGUGGGAAAUACUGUGGCCCAAAUACUGAAUGAGCAGAAUGUCUGUGCAUGCUGGUUGUACCCCGUCUUCUAUCUGUGCAUUACUGACAUCAGUAAAAGUAACUGGUAGAUAUUAUUUACUCUGCAGUUCCCUAUACUGCAUCUUUGUAAAAGCAUGGUGAAGCAUGUCAGAACAGUCUUGUCCUCACUUGUGUGAGUGGAAGAGCAAGAAAACCUACAUCGUGCAAACUGGUGCUCCAUUGAGUAAAGAUGCAAUGCUAGCGAGAGAAAGUUAUCUGACGUAAAAAUCAGCUUUUUAGGUGGGCGCAAGUACUGAAACUCAGCCCCAUAGAAUAGCUCUGAGUUGUAAUGGAAACAAUGACAUUUUUUUUUUAGGCAAUCUUUUGAAGACAUGAAGUAAGGCUGUUGAACAAUGCAGUCUAUUGCCCAGAUCAAAAUAUCAUCUACUUACCUAAAUUUCUUACAAUCACCCAGCAUGAUUUUACCUAUCUCAUUUUCUUUUUCCAUUCAUAGCUCUUUUUAUUUGCAUGGCAAUGACUUUUAUCUCUUUUAUGCUACGAUAUUCUAUGUUGAAUGUUUGAUGUAAUAUGGUUUCUAUUGGAUUGCCUUAAAUUGAAAUAAACGAUUCCUUUUAUUUAAAUA